GGUCCUUGGUCGACCUGUCUGAGUAGAACCUCGGGAGCUGUGGUCCAGUUCACAGGUGACAGAAAGCGAGAAGGCGCGGGAGGAGACGCUAUUCUCGCUACAAAGAGGCUGGGUGGUGGCAGCUCUCGCGAGGAUUCCGCCACAGUGCCAAUCGACAGCGGUGCGCAGUUCCGACGUGAGAUCCCUCCGGACUCUGUGGUCCUGACGGAUGGCUGCGGCAGCAGGGGACCCGCGUAGAUCCUCUGUAGAACUGAGAGUUUGUGACUCAACUCUGAGAGGUCAUGACUCGAGUCACAACAGAAGGAGCUUGGACAGGUCCUGGUCGUUGGCAUGGAGUGGACAAGGAAGAGGCAGCUUCUGAGCAGAGUGUUUUUGUAGCAGUGUUGCACAUUCAUACUUCCAAGGCAGAUUCAUUGACUCAGAUGGCUCAUCCUUGUAACUUAUGUGGCCCAAUCUUGAAAGAUGUCUUGCACCUGGAUGAACACAAAGAAACACACCAUGGGCUGAAACCGUACACAUGUGGGGCGUGUGGGAGGGAAUUCUGGUUCAGUGCAAACUUUGACCAGCAUCAGAAGCUGUACAAUGUAGAGAAACUCCUAAGAGGUGACAAAGGCAAGACAUCAUUUGUUACUAACUAUAGAGCUUGUGAAGAACCUCUGCUGUCAGAGAAGCCCUUUGCAUGUAAGGAGGAGCAGAAGAACUUCCAGGUCAGUUUGGGCAGUCACCAGCAAAAGGCAACCCACAGCAAGAGGAAGACACGGAGUCCUGAGAGUGGGCUGGCUUUGCACAUUGGACAGAUGCAUUACAAGUGCAAUGAAUGUGGGAAAGCUUUCAGCCGCAAGGACACGCUUGUCCAGCACCAGAGAAUCCACACUGGAGAAAAGCCUUAUGAAUGCAAUGAAUGUGGGAAAGCUUUCAGCCGCAAAGCCACACUCGUCCAGCACCAGAGAAUCCACACAGGAGAAAAGCCUUAUGAGUGCAGUGAAUGUGGAAAAGCCUUUAGCCGUAAAGACAACCUUACUCAGCACAAAAGAGUUCACACCGGAGAGAUGCCUUAUAAGUGUGUUGAGUGUGGCAAAUACUUUAGCCAUCACUCCAACCUAAUUGUACACCAGAGAGUUCACAAUGGAGCAAGGCCUUACAAGUGCAAUGACUGUGGGAAAGUCUUCAGACACAAAUCCACACUUGUUCAGCAUGAGAGUAUCCAUACUGGAGAAAACCCUUAUGUUUGCAGUGACUGUGGAAAGUCCUUUGGCCACAAAUACACCCUCAUUAAACACCAGAGAAUUCAUACUGAGGCAAGGCCUUUCAAGUGCAUUGAAUGUGGGAAAUUCUUUAGUCGAAGCUCUGACUUUAUUGCACACCAGAGAGUUCACACAGGUGAAAGGCCUUUUGUGUGCAGCAAAUGUGGGAAAGAUUUCAUCAGAACCUCCCACCUUGUUCGGCACCAAAAAGUUCACACUGGAGAGAGGCCAUAUGAAUGCAGUGUUUGUGGGAAAUCAUAUAGCUUAAGCUCCCACCUCAUUAGGCACCAGAAAGUUCAUGUUGCAGGAAGGCUUUAGGCGUGCUUUUAACACAGCAGGACUCAUGGGAAGAGCUCUGUGACUUCCUGUAGAGAGAGACAUCAAAUUAUGUGUUGAACCAUGUAUAUCUAGACAUUGACAGUUGAGAGAUAGUUUAUGAAUGCCAUGUACAGGGGAAGCUUUCAGAAGCUAUGUUGCACUUUCAGACCUGCUUGGGUUCCUUGCCGAAUUUUUUAGUAUCAAUGCCUGUGGCUGAAAACAUCUCAACUCUACCCUAAUAUCCUCAUGGGGAGGCAAAACUUCGUAGUCUCUCUCGAGUCCCUGGAGGGAAUUAUAAGAAACCUGAGUUCUAGAAUUCCCUGGUGGUCCAAUGGUUAGAACUCUAUGCUCCUUCUGAAAACCCAGGUUCAAUCGCUUGUUGAGGAAAAAAUCCCACAAGCCAUGUGGCCAUAAAUAAGUAAGUGGAAACCUGAGUUAAAUGGGGGUCCUCGUUUGCUCCCCUCUGACUGGCAAAGGUGUAUGGGCAUGACCCAUCUUUAGCCAAGAGGAACUGAGCUGUGUUUUGGUAACAGAAAAGGUUUACUUUCUUCAUGGACAUUGUUGGUUUCACUCUCAUGUGAUACUUGCAACAUUUUUCCAGCUCCAAGUCACCCAACCUGGAUAAUUAUUUGCCUCAUGUUGCUCUGGUUUGUGUGAUAAUAAAUACCUUA